UUUGUAAUUGAUGUUCAUAUUGAUUUAUAUAUUUGAAUGCUAAUUGUAAUUUCAAUUUGAUAAAUUACCUAUUUAUAAUUCAAGAUCAUACUAGAGUGACCAGAUUCAAAAUAAUCAUGGAUUUGGUGAAAUGGUAUAUGCUUAUAUCUCUGCUUACUUCUUUCAUUGUCCUCCUUCAAGGCUUUCGAGCUCCACCUGGCUAUUUUAAGAAGCGUUCGAAAUGUGAUAUGAUAUCAAGGCAAUAUACAGUCAUUGACUCGUUGAAAAGGUGCUCAUAUUAUCGAUGUGUAUUCGGUAGGUAUAUCAAGAAAGAUUGCCCUAGUGGAAGGCAAUUGACUUCCCAAUUUGUGAAAUGGGGAAGCCGUGGUUACGCAUACAAAUAUAAUCCUUGUGGAGAGAGAGUCACGAAAUGUCACGAUGUAACGUUUGGACGACUUGGUGAUGAGGUUGUCCCCGUCGGAUUGAAACCAUACUUUACUUUGGAAUCAUGUGGAAUUGACCUUGGGAUCGGCCUUGAUAUUUCAUGUAGCAUUUCGGAUGAAAACAAACAGUUGGUUAAGGAUUUCACACUCAACAUAAUUAACAGGUUUAAGAUAGGUAGAGGAUUCCUCAAAGUGGCGGGAGUUAAAUUUGCCGAAAAGCCGCAGGUUAUCCAAUUUCUGGACCAGUCCACCUCAAAUCAAGCUACAAAGUUCAAAUUUAAAAGCAUGGAUUUAACAGCUGAUCGAUGUCGCACUCAUACUGACGAUGCUCUUGCGAUUUUCAGAGAUGAAAUAUUCAGUAAGGAACGAGGCAAUAGACCUGACAAAAAGGAUAUUCUAGUGUUUAUGUCAGACGGCUCAACGUAUCACGGUAAAAAUGUUGAUAACAAUGUGUAUGUAGAGAGAACGAAGCGCAUUGGUCGGGAAUUACGUGAGAAACUCGGCGUGGAGACUUUUGUGUUGGGAAUGCCGACAAAUAAGAAUAAAACUGUUGGAUAUGAUGAGUGGAUGGAAAUAGGAGGAGAUCAUGAACACGUCAUAACGUUAGCUUCGUUCAGGGAGCUAGACUCUAAAAUAAAUGAGUUGUUGAAAAAUUCCUGCAAAGAGACGAUAUUGGAUCCGAACUUCUGGAAUUAAUUUCCAUUUACGUGAAAAUUGAAGUUCCUCUACCCCUAUACUGUAUCAUAGACUAUACUAUGAUGCUACACAGUGUGUUAUUGGCCAGCAAAGGCAGCAAUCAAAUUGUGAAAUUACAAAUGACGUAUUAUUUAACAUGUAGCAAGCUACCAGCGGAGAAAAAAAGCACGUACUAAAUAAAUUACGAUAUACAUCUGA